AUGGAAAGAGGAAUUGUGAUAAAAGACGACUGGGCCGGGCACAGUCUGGACCUGUUCACCUACCCACAGCACUACCACGAGGACAUCGAGAGCAUCUACAUCCCACACGGGGUCAUCAUGAACAGGGUGGAGCGUCUGGCCCACUAUAUCAAGGACGACUUCGGGGACGGCAACAUAAUGGUGCUGUGCGUCCUGAAGGGAGGAUACAAGUUCUGUGUCGAUCUGGUGGAGUUCCUCAAAAUUCUUGGCCGCAACUCGAACAAGUACAUGGAGACCCGGGUGGAGUUUAUCCGUCUGAAGAGCUACCUGAAUGACCAAUCCACAGAGGACCUGCACAUCAUAGGAAGCAGAGAUCUGUCUUUCCUGCGUGGAAAGUGUGUGCUGAUUGUUGAGGCCAUAGUUGACACAGGAAAGACCAUGAAGGCCCUUCUGAAGCAUGUGGAGACCUUUGAACCCAAGAUGGUCAAGGUCGCAGGUCUUCUGGUGAAGAGGGUCCCCAACAUGCCUGAACAUCUGACCGACUAUGUUGGAUUUGAAAUCCCCAACCGCUUUGUUGUCGGCUAUGCCCUGGACUACAAUGAAUACUUCCGUGACCUGAAUCACAUCUGUGUUAUCAGCAAGACCGGAAAGAUGAAGUACAAAGUUUGA